AUGGAGAUCAAGAACAUCAUCAUUCUGGGAGCCCGCGGCAACGUCGGCACCGCUCUCAUCGCCGAGCUCCGCAAGAUUCCGGACCAAUUCACGAUAACCGCUGUUUCGCGCACGUCAUCGACCUACACGGCGCCCCCUGGAUCCAACAUCGCUGUCAAGGCCGUCGACUACGCCUCCCUCGAGUCCCUGACGGAUGCGUUUGCCGGCCAGGACGCGGUCGUAAACUGCAUCACCGGUGGGGCCACGCAGUACGAGCCCUCGGUGCGCAUCAUUGAUGCGGCUGUUGCCGCGGGCGUGAAGUUCUUCUUCGCGAACGAGUUCGCGGGGAAUGUGGGGAGCGAGCAGUUCAAGCGGCUGCCUGAGGCGGCCGCUGGGGCUAAGGUUAGGGUGCGGGAGUAUCUCACGCAGCUUGUGGGGGAGGGGAAGAUUGCGUGGACGGCGCUGAACGGCGGGCCGUUCUUCGAUAUGUGGCUCAUGAAAGGCCCCGCGGGCUUUGACGUCAAGAACAAACAAGCUCGCAUCUAUGGCGAAGGCACCAACCCGCUCUGGUGGACGCCCCUUCCGACCAUCGCCGUAGCUGCCGCCAAUAUUCUGCGCAACCCCUCCCCCGCGCUCAACCGCGGCAUCUACAUCUGCCCCUUCGCGCCCGGCGCUCUAACGCAGAACGUCCUCCUUGCCGCCCUGGAGACUGUCCUAGACGCAAAGUUCACUGUCACUCACGUGGAUGUCGCGGCGAUCAAUAGGGCUGCGAAGGCGGCGCUGGCGAGGGGCGACGUGAAAACGGCGAUGAGGGGGUUCGCCAUCAGCAAUCAAUUCUAUGAGGGGGACUGUGGGAACAACUUGGAGGGGAUGACGGAGAAUGCUAUGUGUGGGGUGAAAGAAAUCGGUGUGGAGGAGGCGAUUAGAGAGGCAGUUGGGAGGUAUGGGGUUGAGGGGGGUGUUGUGGAGAGUAUGUUUCGGGUUGAGGCUUCUGAGAUUUAGAGGGAGCUGUGAAGUCUACACAGUCUGAAUCACUAUGGUCGAUCUAAAAAAGGCUUUGAUCUCCGUGUAUGGGAGGCUAAUCCCGCG